UAAGGUGCCAGUCGGUCUGGCGGCGUUAAAAGAGGACGGACGCGCGGUCUCGCUACUAGCGCGUGGAGUGGGGGGACCAAUUCUCCGAACGUCGCGAUCGAAAAUGGUCGCCAUGUAGAAUCGGGUCGGUCGUGCGUUCGCGUGUUUUCCUCUUAAUUUCGAUUAGUUUUCGUUUCGUGCGAUGGCCCACGGACUGCCGAAACGCGGGGUGACGCGGUGUCGCGCCGAAGGCAAGACGGGCGUCGGCUCCAGGCGCAUAUUCUCGCCGCAGUUCAAGCUCCAGGUGCUCGACUCGUAUCGCGGGGACGCGGACUGCAAGGGCAACCAGCGGGCCACCGCCCGCAAAUACGGCAUCCACCGUCGCCAGAUACAAAAGUGGCUCCAGGUGGAGAACGCGUUGAGGAGCGGCGUCAAGCAACAAAGCAAGAGCGCGGCCGCGUCCUUGAACGUCGACAGACAGCCUGACGACGACGAAUCGCGAGUUCCGGCGCACGCGGAGCCAUCUAGCGGCUGGCAGCGCAACGUCGCACCUUUGGAUCUGUCGUUCAAGAGGCGCGAGUCGGAUACGCCGACGGCCGCGACGUCGCUGGGGGUGGCCCUGCCGUCGCCGCAGCCGCCGCCGCCGCCGCCUCCGCUCGCGUACCAGCCGGACGUGUGGGACUUGUCCACGAAGCCGCUCAGGCCUCCCGUGAAGCUGUUCAAGCCGUACCUGGACGUGGAGGAGGAGGCGGCGCCGCCGCCUCCGCCUCCCAGGUCGCCCCAGCCCGUGUACUUGUGUCAGCAGGUGUAUUACGUGAACGACAACAACAACUACGACGCGUAUACGUUGCACGAGCUGCAGCCCAAGAGCUAUUAUUAUCGCCACCAUCAGCCGUAUUACCCCGAGUGCUGCGCGUACGAGGAGACGCCGCUGAAGCAGCGCCAGUCGUACAGCCUCGACUUCAAGCUGAGCGCGAUCGACUGCUACUAUCGGGACGCCGCGUGCCGGGGCAAUCAGAGGGCGGUCGCCGCCAAAUACAACGUGCACCGGAGGCAGGUGCAGAAGUGGCUGAAGCAGGCGGACGAGCUGAAGUCGCGGAACGAGGUGCUGCAGCACUCGCACGCGGUCAGGUAGACCCCGCCGCCCGAUUACAAAGUUUGUGUGCCUUGUAGACGUAAGGAUAUUCCGUGCCAAAAUGUCGCCCCGUCCUGGGGACAGAUAUUUACGCUAGUUUUUUAAACGUUUUGCUGCAAUUACAAUGUGAUUCCUAGGUGGUAAACUUUUUUUAUCGGUCGGUGCGUAGAGAGGCGGCCCGGUGUAUUUUUUAAGCGACUUUUUACAUAACAAAGAUGUACAAAUUAUCAGCCGUCAGAGCGGAAUGUAAUAUUUUAUAUCAGAAAGUUUUA